AUGACGGCCUUGCUUGAGACACCGUCUACAAUUUGGCGAAGGAUCCAAGACGAACGGGAGCCAUCCUCCUUGCCCUCCCUCCCGGGGUUCGAACAUUCGAUGGUGCCGGAAACGACCUCUGAUCAAUCAUCGUCAGACGACGAAAAUCUGGUUCUCCCUGUUCAUUCUACACCGGUGGCUCCAUCGUCACAUACAACUGCCACUACAGCCAAGCUACAGUCAAGUACCUCCAGCACCGCCCGAUUUGCGACCUCGGUUGCAUCACGGUCCGUGUCCGUCAAGUCAUCGGCCUCCCAAGGAUAUAUCAGAAACCCCCAGCAAAGUUUCGAUGUCAGUGCUAUCACCUCACUUCCACAUGACAGCGAAGAUAUGGACGAAGGACCACUCUCCCAGAGCGCAAACAGCGUUCCGGAGGUUUAUCUUCCUCCAGUGGAAGCCGACGAUGGUGAAGACAUGUCUCUCGCCGAUGCUUUAGAGUCUGUAAGUCGGUCAAGCUCUCCCCUGCCUCCCGAUUUCCCAGCGGAGGAGCCCACACCGAAGAAGGGGCUGAAGUACGACUACUCCGUUUCGCUGCGAUCGGAGCCCAAGCCCUCCCCUUUCGACAAGUACCGCAAUGUAGCUUUCCGCAAGCCACUCACUCGCACACGAACACCCUCCUUGUCAAGAACCACACCUUCACCCGCGUCUUCACCUCCCAACUCCACGCCGAGAAGCAAUCGCUCAGCUCAUUUUCCUAGGGAAGUGCCCUCACCUACCCCUGGUAUUCAUAUUCCGUUGCCACGGUCAACAUCGGCAUCUCCCGCUGUUAGGUCCCUGUCUAAUGCUAUUUUCCAAUCACCGGACGAAGAAGCGCGCUCCAGUGACGAGGAUCAGGAAUCGUCCAACCUCAGAAACGAAAACCGUGAUGCACACGAACCCAACCAGACAUCCGAGCCGGAGGGGACUACCAAUGACGAUCACGAACCUACAUUUACCUCGUCGUCUGACUUGAAUCAUCCCAUGAACAACAUCCUACAAGUCGGGAAGUCACCUCUAACUCUUACUCCGGGUAUCUCUUCGUCGACUCCCACCUCAGCUGUCACUCCGACCCCUGCGAUCGCGUCCCGCCCUCGCCCUCGAUUCAAUAUCCCUCAAACAUCUGGAGACCUAGACGUGGAGGAAGAAGUAGAACUCGACUCCGACCCUAUAACCCCACGUACACGCCGGCGGUCUUUCUUAUUAUCCGUCAUCAAUUCAACCGCUCGGCCACGCUUGAAAGCUCCCACUCCCCAUCCCAGACGCCUCGCCGUUCUUAAUGCAGGUGAAGAAUCCUCAGAUGACGGUCAGGUAACGGUUGCUGCUCCACUUCGAAAGAUGUUUGCGGGUGCGACACCCCGUCCUGGCAGGGGCCGUUUGUCACAUCCUCUUGCGCAGGUCUACAGGUCAGAGAGCCUUGAGCCUCCAUCGCACGCUGGCGGUGGAAACACCAACAGCCCCUAUGAUUCAGCGGGCGAACGCAUGUCCUUCGUUUCCACGGCAUCUUCUCAUGACCUCGUCGCGCAUGUACGGGCGAACGCGUCGUAUGAUCCAGCCGUUGGUCUUGGUGAACGAGGGAAGACCGGUCGCUUCGAUGCGCAGAAGUUAAAUACAUACCUGCACGCACUCAACCGACGACUACAGGACGAAAACAUCGCACUGGUCGAGAGGUUGAGGAAAUACGAGGAUGUAAAGUCGGGCCCACGGUUAAGUAUUGCGAGUUCGGGGCAAGAUCGGAGAGCCAGUGCUGGUAGCGCCUUGGGUGAUGUAGAAGAAGACGCCGGUGCUGAGGGAUGGGCAGAAGAGAAGUUGGAAUUGGAGGCGAUCUUGCAGACAAUGGAGGAGGAUAUCGAUAAACUGAAUCAAGACAGAGCUCAGCUACAGAGAGAGCUCGACGACGAGCGCAUUGAGCGGGCCAGAGACGAGGAACGGUGGCGGGAGCGAAUGCAAGAUGUAGAGGAGGAAGUUGCGGAAAUCGCUGGUGGCACUCUGGGUAAUGUAAGAGAAGACACUGGUGCUGAGAGAUGGGCAGAAGAGAAACUGGAAUUGGAGGCGAUUUUGCAGAAGAUGGAAGAGGAUCUCGAUAAACUGAAUCAAGACAAGAUUCAGUUGCAGAAAGACCUUGACGAGGAGCACAACGAGCGGGCGAGAGACAAGGAGCGGUGGCGGGAACGAAUGCAAGAAGUAGAGAAGGGAGUUGCGGAUAUCGUUAGUGACCUCGAAAAACGACUCGACGAAGCUGAAAGUGGGAGAGUGGAGGCCGUAGAAGAACUUGCCAAAUUGAAUCGCGAAGCAGAGAGGGUUCGAGAACGUCUGGAGAACGAACGCGAGUUGGCCAACGAUCGCAUGGAUAUGCUCGAGAAGGAGGCAGAAAGAACAUCAGAGCUGGCGAGACAAUUGGAACAAGCCUUGGAAGUUGCGGAAGAAAGGAUGAGAGCUGACGAGGAAGUCAUAUCAGGGCUAAAAAGCAGACUGACCACCCUGGAGUGCGAACAGGAGCAUCAACUAGCUCUCGGCAACCGCUCUACACAUAACGAAGUUAAAGAAGCACUCAGAACGAACCCUGUUGAUCUGGCUACUCCGAGCAAGGUCUUUAACAUGAACGGGAUUUCACCAAUCCACCGGCAUGUCUUGUCGAUGUCAAUGAAAGGUCCAAAGACUCCUGGCGCACCACUUCGAGACCUUUCCUGGUUAAACGCCACUACGGCUGACCCCACUGUCUCCCCUCUUCUAGCAGAGAUCGCAAGGCUGCAAACUCGACUUGACCAUGCCAACGAGAGCAUCGACCAGAAGCUGAACCAACUCGAAGAAGCAGGACUCGAUGUUAUUGGUCUGACCAAAAGUCUCGAGGACGCCCGUGAACAGCUAGCCGCCUCCGAGAGGGAAGUUUCCAGGUUGCAACGGAGGGAACAGAGGCGUCUCCGUCGCCUGGAGAGGCUCAGAUGCCAAAAAUGCUUGGUGAAGACCGACCCUGGACAGCUGCAAAAGAUAAUCGAUGCAAACGAAAGCUCGAUAGAUAUAUCGCAAAGUGAACUUCCUUCGAAUCUGUCAUCACCUGUUACAAACUCCAGUGAGGCAUUCCAAGUCGACCUACAGAGCGUCUAUGCACAACUCGACGCAAUGAAGCAAGAAUGGCAGGAAGAGAAGCGCCGCCUGCUGGGCGAAAAGGCCGUCCUUGAGGAUGAGGCCAAUCGCAUGAAGGUGGAAACCCGCAAUGCCAAGGAAGAGUCCAAGAGAGCUAAUGAUGCUGGCCGUAAAUCUAAGGCAGACAGUCAGAAGGAGGUAGAAAAGGCGAAAGCGACCAUAAGUGACCUGGAGACUGAACUGCAGGCUGAGCGAGUGCGGCUGGGGCAGAUGUCUACUGAUUACCAACGCCUUCAACGAGAAACGGAAGAUGUUGCUCGUAAAUUGCAACGCACGGAAGCGGACAUUGAAGACGUUAAGCGACAGUUGCACAAAGCAAAACAGGAGAACCGUGAGCUUGAAAAUGAACUUCGAGAGAAUGCCAACGUGGAACAGAAAGCGUGUCUUUUGGAGGCCAAGGUGCGAGGGAACGCAGAGACCAUCGAACAACUCCGGCAAGAGCGUUCACUCCUAGCUCGCGACUACAAAGAUCUCCAACGUCAGUUUACCGAGGUCUCUGAGCGUGCUAGCAAAGCGCGGGCUGAAUACGCUGCGUCGCAAAACUCGCACGACAGCCGACGGCAGGAACUUGAUGCCUGUCUUACCGAAAUCGAUGAACUACGUCGCGCCCUAGCAAAUUCAACCGAUCAGCUUCAACGCACAGAACAAGAAAAGAAUCGCAUCGUUAUCGAGAAGACUAGCAUCGCACGGACCAUUGACACUCUGGAAGCUGAAUUGAAACGAGUCAGAAAGGACGCCGAGGCGAUUGGAUUCGACCUGAAAGCGCUCAAAACGGAAAAGCAGAAAAUGCAACAGAAACAUAAAGAAGAAGAAGCCGAGGCUGAGCGCGCGAAGAAACAGAGUCAGGCCCAAAUCCGACUCCUCACUGAACAAGUUGAAAGUCAUAAGGCCAAAGCGAAGAGAGCUAGAGAAGAUCUCUUGCGACACGUUUGUCCUGCGGAUGAGCAGAAGCUAGAGGCACUCAAAGUCCAACACAAGCAGGAAUGCAAAGGUCUCAUAGUCCAGAUACGUUACCUGAAGGCAAAAUUUACCCGUGAAUCCACGCUGCGAGAUGACCUUGCUUACCAAAAGCGUUACCUCCUUGUCUUGUUGGCCAACUUCGAAGAAAGCGACAAGCGGAUUUUAGCUUGCAUAGCACGCAUUGGGUACCCCAAACAACCACAACCUGCGCCGGUACUUCAGAAGAAAAUACGCCACCUUAGGAGCGUAGCGCUCUGCGUUAUUUUCGCACAUCGCAUUAAGUGA